AUGGCCGCUGCUAAAAAGUCGAAAAACCAGCUGCGACGUGAGAAGGCUAAGGCCAAGAAGCUGGUGCCGACUGAUCUCAAAACGCCGAAAACAGUGACUACAGCGCCAAAGAAUGUAUCAACCGAGGACAGCCCAGAACCAGAGCAGGAGGAGUACGUUGUACAUAUGGAUGUGGAUGUGGAUGGCAUUUUGGAAGAUCCAAAUUUCGCCGAUUUCAAGCGUGUAUUUGACAAGUUUAGGGUUGAUUUAGAGCCUGAACAAAAGGUCAAAGAUGAAGACAAGGCCAAGGGUGAUUUGAUGUAUAGUGAUGACGAGGCCAAAGACGAGGACGAGUAUUACGUGGAAGAUGAAUCAGAAAAUCAUUUGAGUAAGAAACAAUUGAAACGCAUGGCUAAGAUCUCGAUUGCCGUGUUGAAAUCGGAAUCGAAGUCACCCGAAAAGGUGGAAUGGUUCGAUAAAGAUGCUCCAGACCCACGGUUGGCGGUGUUUUUGAAAACGCUCCACAACGUGGUUCCCGUUCCGGAUCAUUGGUCAUCGAGGAGCGGAUAUCUUGGUGGAAGACGUCGGAGUGAGAAGCCAGGAUUUCAGCUUCCAAAGUUCAUUUUGGAUACAGGUAUAUUGGAGAUGCGUGACUCUACUAAAGAAGACGAAUCCACUCUUACGCAGCGCACUCGUGAUCGUGUACAGCCAAAACUAGGCCAAUUGGAUAUUGAUUUUGGCAAAUUAUACGACGCUUUCUUCAAGUUCCAGACGAAGCCCCCACUGCUUGGGUUUGGGGACGUUUAUUAUGAGGGUCGCGAGACUAGAGACGACAGCUAUCGUGAUUUGCGACCGGGCAAACUUUCGGCUGAACUGCGCAAUGCACUUGGUCUUCCUCCUGGAGUUGCACCUCCAUGGAUUCCAUUGAUGCAAAGGCUAGGUCCGCCGCCAAGUUACCCCCAUAUGUCUAUGAAUGAAGAGAAAGACGUGAGUGUUGCGUCGAACUUGGGUAAUCCGGUCGAAAAGACGGCGUGGGGCAGUCUACAGCCCGAUGAGGAGUCUGAGGAGGAGGAGGAAGAUGAAGAAGAGGAUGAUGACGACGAAGAGGAUGACGACGAAGAAAGCGCAAAACACAGAUACACCGUCCCGAUAGAGCCUGCAGGUGAUGUGCCUUUGGAGACCAUCGGGGCAAUACCCGUUUACGAAGCUCAAGAAAGUGAGGAUGACCAGGAUGAAAGUAGGCCGAAACGACUAUAUCAGGUGCUGGAAGAAAAAUCCUCGAGACAAGACGGUCUGCUUGGUCCAGAGCAGAUAGAAUACGAUCUCAAGAAGCCCAAAAUCAGCCAAACUGGGGUCUCUGAAAAAUCCGCCAAUAAUAGCCCCGCUCCGCGUGCAAAAGACAAAAAGUUUCGGUUUUGA